AAACCGGGACGACGUGCGGGGCGGGGACGACGAGAGGCCGCGGGCCGGAGCCGCGGAGCAGGAAAACCUUCCCGAACUGCCCGCCGCGGAGGCCGGAGCGCUGUGUGUGGAGAGAAGGGAGCGAGAGGGAGAAAUCUCCGUUUCAUGGAGGCUGGAUGUGGUGCAGCAGAACUUAAAGGGCAAGAAGACGUUUUCAGAUUCCCUCGGGCUUUCAUUAAUGCUACCAUCUUAAUGGUGAAGAGCAGUGCACUUCAGGUGUUCUGUGAUGUUUGCGUACGUGCUCGAUCGGCUCAUUUCAGGAUUCAAAACCUUUAAUGAAAAAGCUGUUUAAAAUUUUUUUUAAAGGAAUCCACAAAUUUUGUUUCCCAGGGUUGCACUGGAAUUGGGAGUGUUGUGUACAUACUAUUGUAUAGUUUUAUUUAUUUUUACUGUGCAAAUCAGCUGCAAGAUUUUUUUUUUCCAAGUGCCAUUUCAGAUUUAUUCAUCCUCUCCCCUUCUUCCCUUGAAUAAAUCUGCUGUUGUCAUUUUAAGCAUUGGAAACCAGAGAAUUAUUUUUCAACCUUUGGAGCUUAAGGCCCCCUUGCCAAUAGAAGGACAGCUGGCGAAACUGGAUUAAAAGGAUGGUUUUUAUCUGUGUUUGCAGCUAAGACUGAUAUUUUGAAAGGACAUUCGUUCUGUGAUUCAUUUUUAAGCCCAUAGUGCUAACCUUGAAAAGAUUUGUGGUUGGGGUUUUGGUUUCUAAGAAGGUCACAGUUUUUCCUCUUUUCCUUUCGGUUUUUAUUUUUCUAAAGGGGGGGCGGGGGAAAGGAACCAAGAAGGGAGACCAUGUUAACUGGCAGAAGUCGAAUAGAGCUGCAGUUACCAGGGUCCUGAGAGCUGGAAGAAAAAGGAUUCAGUCCUCAAGUUGGGAGGCCCUUCUCUCACCUUAGAAUUGCAAAGGAUUCAGUACAGCUGAGACUCAGAUCAAAGCUACGGGAUUCUGGAACUGGAGACAACGAGAAACCAUGAGUGUAAGGUUACCCCAGAGUAUAGACAGAUCAUCCACUAAAAAGCAGGCUCAACUGUCCAGCCCCAUUGCAGCCUGGUUAAGCAGCCUGUCUUCUCUGGGAGAUUCCACACCUGACCGCAAAUCCCCCUCCCACCAGCGCCAGCUCUCUGAUACCUCUGAGACAACAGGACUUGUCCAACGCUGUGUCAUCAUUCAGAAGGACCAACAUGGCUUUGGCUUCACUGUCAGUGGUGAUCGCAUCGUUCUGGUGCAGUCUGUGCGGCCUGGAGGUGCAGCCAUGAAAGCCGGUGUGAAAGAGGGGGACCGCAUCAUCAAAGUCAAUGGCACCAUGGUGACCAAUAGCUCACACCUGGAGGUGGUGAAGCUUAUCAAAUCUGGUGCUUACGUUGCACUGACUCUCCUGGGCUCUUCACCUUCCUCUGUUGAUGUCUCUGGGCUCCAGCAGGACCCAUCUCUGACUGGAGUCCCCCGAGUCACCGCCACAAUCCCGCCACCGCCACCACCUCCUCCACCCCUGCCACCUCCGCAGCACAUCACAGGACCCAAACCUCUCCAGGAUCCUGAAGUUCAAAAACAUGCCACCCAGAUCCUCAGGAAUAUGCUGAGGCAGGAGGAAAAAGAGUUACAGCGUAUCUGUGAGGUGUAUAGCCGGAAUCCUGCCAGCCUGCUGGAAGAGCAGAUCGAAGGUGCCCGGCGGCGAGUCACUCAGUUACAACAGAAGAUCCAGCAGGAGACUGGUGGCUUAGUGGAAAUAUUUCCAUUCUAUGGUGACCCCGGACAGAGACCAUCAGAAGGCCGCCUCUCCCUGGAUUCCCAGGAGGCUGACAGUGGCUUGGAGUCUGGGACAGAGCGGUUUCCCUCCAUCAGUGAGGCUUUGGUGAAUCGGAGCUCAGGACUGUCAGAUCUUGGACUAGAGAGUCCUGGCACCUCCCCCGUUAUCCUGGCUAGGCUGGCCCAGCACCACAAACGGCAAGGCUCGGACGGAGCAGUGCUCCCAUGCAGUGACCAGGGAGUAGAUGAAAACCCAAAGCCUCUGAUUAUUGGCCCAGAGGAAGAUUAUGACCCCGGUCACUUCAACAACGAGAGCGACAUUAUCUUCCAGGAUCUUGAAAAACUGAAGUCUCGUCCAGCUCACCUGGCAGUUUUCCUUCGUUACAUCUUCUCUCAGGCAGACCCUGGCCCAGUGCUUUUUUACUUGUGCGCAGAAGUUUAUCAGCAGACAAACCCAAGGGAUUGCCGAAGCUUGGGGAAAGACAUUUGGAAUAUUUUCCUAGAGAGAAAUGCGCCCCUCAGAGUGAAGAUCCCCGAGAUGUUGCAAGCUGAAAUUGACUUGCGCCUACGGAACAGCGAGGAUGUCCGCAGUGCUCUCUGUGAAGCUCAGGAGGCAACCAUGCCGGAGAUCCAGGAACAGAUCAGUGACUAUAGAACAAAGCGCACCCUGGGGCUGGGCAGCCUGUAUGGUGAAAGUGACCUGCUAGACCUGGAUGGGGACCCUUUGCGAGAGCGGCAUGUGGCAGAGAAGCAGCUGGCCGCCCUGGGAGACAUAUUGUCCAAGUAUGAGGAGGACAGGAGUGCUCCCAUGGACUUCGCCCUGCACACCUACAUGAGCCAUGCUGGAGUCCGGCUUCGGGAGGCACGGCCCUCCACCACAGCAGAGAAAACCCAGUCUGCUCCUGACAAGGACAAGUGGCUGCCCUUCUUCCCCAAGACCAAAAAGCAGAGCAGCAAUUCCAAGAAAGAAAAGGAUGUUUUGGAGGACAAGAAGCGAAACCCCAUUCUCAAAUACAUUGGGAAGCCUAAGAGUUCCUCUCAGAGCACAUUUCAUAUCCCCUUGUCCCCUGUGGAAGUCAAGCCAGGCAGUGUGAGGAACAUCAUUCAGCACUUUGAGAACAGCCACCAGUAUGAGGCCCCGGAACCAGGGACACAGCGACUCUCGACAGGAAGCUUUCCUGAGGACCUGCUGGAGAGCGACAGUGCACGCUCAGAGAUUCGCCUGGGCCGCUCUGAGAGCCUCAAGGGCCGGGAGGAAAUGAAGCGCACCCGGAAGGCAGAGAACGUGCCUCGCUCUCGAAGUGACGUCGACAUGGACGCUGCUGCGGAGGCCACUCGCCUCCACCAGUCAGCCUCGUCCUCUGCCUCCAGCCUCUCCACCAGGUCUCUUGAGAAUCCAACCCCUCCCUUCACCCCCAAAAUGGGCCGCAGGAGCAUCGAAUCCCCCAGCCUGGGAUUCUGCACAGAUGCCAUCCUUCCUCACCUCCUGGAGGAUGACCUGGGCCAACUGUCUGACCUGGAGCCAGAGCCCGAUGUCCAAAACUGGCAGCAUACCGUGGGCAAGGAUGUGGUGACAGGGCUGACCCAGAGAGAGAUUGACCGGCAAGAAGUCAUAAAUGAGCUGCUUGUGACGGAAGCGUCCCACUUGCGCACGCUGCGGGUCCUGGACCUCGUCUUCUACCAGCGCAUGAAGAAGGAGAAGCUGAUGCCUCGGGAGGAGCUGGCUCGGCUCUUCCCGAACCUGCCUGAGCUCAUAGAGAUUCACAAUUCCUGGUUUGAAUCCAUGAGGAAGCUCCGAGAGGAAGGCCCCAUUAUCACAGACCUCGGUGACCUCAUGCUGGCUCGGUUUGACGGCCCUGCCCGAGAGGAGCUCCAGCAAGUAGCCGCGCAGUUCUGUUCCUACCAGUCAGCGGCCCUGGAGCUGAUCAAGACCAAGCAGCGCAAGGAGAGCCGGUUCCAGCUCUUCAUGCAGGAGGCCGAGAGCCACCCUCAGUGCCGGCGGCUGCAGCUCCGAGAUCUCAUUAUCUCCGAGAUGCAGCGGCUCACCAAGUACCCACUGCUAUUGGAGAACAUCAUCAAGCACACAGAAGGCGGCACACCUGAGCAUGAGAAGCUCUGCCGGGCCCGGGACCAGUGCCGGGAGAUCCUCAGGUUUGUGAAUGAAGCAGUGAAGCAGACCGAGAACCAGCACCGGCUGGAGGGCUACCAGAAGCGCCUUGAUGCCUCGGCCCUGGAGAGAGCCAGCAACCCCCUGGCAGCAGAGUUCAAGAGCCUGGAUCUCACAACCAGGAGGAUGAUCCACGAGGGGCCCCUCACAUGGAGGAUCAGCAAGGAUAAGACCCUGGACCUCCAGGUGCUGCUGCUCGAAGACCUGCUGGUGCUGCUGCAGAGACAGGACGAGAGGCUUCUACUUAAAUGCCAUAGCAAGACAGCCGUGGGCUCCUCUGACAGCAAGCAGACCUUCAGCCCUGUGCUCAAGCUCAAUGCGGUACUCAUCCGCUCCGUGGCCACAGAUAAACGAGCUUUCUUCAUCAUCUGCACCUCAGAGCUGGGCCCCCCCCAGAUAUAUGAGCUGGUCGCAUUGACGUCAUCAGACAAGAACAUAUGGAUGGAGCUCUUAGAAGAGGCUGUGCGGACCGCCACCAGGCACCCCGGAGCUGCCCCCACAUCCAUCCAUCCCUCACCCCCAGGCUCCCAUGAGCCUGUCUGCCAGAGCCCCACCCCUAGCAGGUCAGGAUUAGAUGACUCGGAAGUGUGCCACAGUGAGCCAGAGCCCAAGGAGCUGCCUGCAGCAGGCACCGGGCCCCAGCAGAGAGCACAGGCGAAGCAGCUGGGACCACAAGAGGAGCUUGAGCAGGAAGACCAUGAGGCAGGAGUGGAGCUGGGGCACCUGCCUCGCCCUUCACCAUCCCCAGAUCGAGACAGCAGGAGCGCCAGGAUGAAGGCCCUCGCCCACCUGGCCCUCCCAGACCCUCUGGUUAUGGGAGGUCUUGCGGAUGCUGCCCUAGAAGAUGUGGAGAACUUGCGGCACUUGAUCCAGUGGAGCCUGCAGCCCAGCCACACGGUGGAAGCACCAGCUGCCAGCGAGCCUGAGGACGACCUGACUCCUACUCCUUCUGUCAUCAGUAUCACCUCUCACCCUUGGGACCCAGGAUCCCCUGGGCAAGCUCGCACCGUGGUUGAUAGGGAUAACACGCAGUUGCUAGGACCAGAGGGAGGCCAUCUAGAAAAUGAGGGUGUAGCUCUCUGCUCUCUGGCACACCUGCCCCCACGGACCAGGAAUUCUGGGAUCUGGGAGUCUCCUGAGCUGGAUAGGAAUCCUGCUGAAGAGGCUUCAAGUACAAGAAGUUAUAAAGUCGUAAGAAAAGCUGAGGUGGCGGGCAGCAAGGUUGUCCCUGCACUACCAGAGAGUGGCCAGUCAGAGCCUGAGCCACCUGAAGUGGAAGGCGGAGCACAGGCUACGGGGAACUGUUUUUAUGUCAGCAUGCCAGCAGGACCUAUGGACUCCAGCAUGGAGCCUGCAGGGACCCCCACGAGCACCUCCCAGCAGGACAGCCUCCCUGGUUGGCAGGCAGAGCUUCGGCCCCAGCAAGAAGGCAGGGUAGACAGAAGAGGCCCCCUGUGCGCCCCCUCCAGGCUGGCCCUCAGUGACGUGGACAGGAUCUUCCGUACCAUCGAGCAGCUCACCCUCAAGCUCAACAGGCUCAAGGACAUGGAGCUGGCCCACAAAGAGCUGCUCAGGUCCCUCGGAGGAGAGUCAUCUGGUGGCACCACACCGGUGGGCAGUGUCCACACGGAGGCAGCCAGAUGGACAGACCACUCCCUGACACCUCCAGCCAAGGAAGCUCUGACCUCUGACUCCCAAAACAGCCUUGAACAGGGGUUUGGUCCUGAGGAAGGCUCUGAAGGCCCUCUGGAGUCCAGUGCCACAGACACAUUUACUUCAUCAGGAUCAUAGUCAUCCAGACCACCAGUCUGUCUCCUCUCCACAGGGAUGGCCUGAGCCUGAGCAGGGUGCUGCGAGACCAAAGCUCACCUUACACGAUGCUGCCGUGGCCUGGGGACACCUAAAUGUCACCUGGUCAGCGCAGAUUGGACAGUCCAGUGCUGUCCCGUUUCUCUCUCCCUGUGGGCCAGCCUCUGCGGCCUCAGCUUCCUAAGUAUGCUGCCACAUCAGAAGGCCCCACAGUGCCUGCCCCUGGCCCGCGUAGCUCCAUAGUACCAGUGUGCAGUGUCCGGUGUGGGCAGCGCCCUCAGGCAUGCAGGUAGAGGGAGGAGGCUUCUGUGUAUGUAGGAUCCAUCCCUCCCUCCUCCUUUGGUUUCUUGUACCUAUGUGUGUCUUUGCUGUUGUAAAUAAGGUGGCCUUUUGUGUUUUCAUCCCGGGAGUGCUUGGGCAGUAACAAAGGCCUGCUGAGGAAUGAGAGCUCCACACCAUCCCCUGAUCAGCAGCUCAACUCCAAGGCCCAGAAUCCUGUCCCGUAGGUGGGGAGGUUCCCACCGCCAGCCCACAGAGCCCCAGGACGCUCCUCUACCUGGGCCUGCAGGGAGUUCUGCCCCCACCUUGCACCCUUUCCCCAUGUACCCAUAGAAACCAGUGAGCCAGUGUAGCAGGUACGGAGCUGGAAACAGACCCUAGCAGGUGGACGGGUAGGGGUUGAGAGUGCUGGGUCCCUGAGUUAAGCCAGGGCCUUCCCAGGGGCCACCACACGUCCUCUCUCCACUCCCCACUGAUGAACAUACACACUGUGCUAGAUGUAUAUAUAUAUAAAUAUAUAUACAUACUUAUAUAUAAAUAUAUAUAAUAUAUAAAAUAUAGAUAUGGAAAUGACUGUUUCGCUGUUGAGAUAAUGUAUACUCUUAUUUUC